UGUCUUCCUUCCUUCCUUCCUUCCGUCCUUUUUCUUUGCCACUUACUUUCUUUCUUUCUUUCUUUCUUUCUAAAAAUAUCCAAAUUCUCAAAGAGAGCAGAGUUAUUAAAAAAUGAGAGCAGCAGCAACAGCAGCCACCAUUUUCAUAGUGGUGCUUGCCACUUUCCACAUUGCCAUAGCCAUCAAAGAUGGGCUGAUGGAAAAUGGCAAUUUUGAAAUAGCUCCAAAGGAUUCAGACCUGAAUGGCACAGUUAUUCUAAAGCAGAAUGCAGUACCAGGUUGGAUAACCUCAGGCUUUGUGGAGUACAUAAAAGCAGGUCAAAAGCAAGGUGACAUGAUACUAGUGGUACCAGAAGGACAUGCUGCAAUUAGGCUAGGAAAUGAGGCAUCCAUCAGGCAGAAAAUCAAUGUAACUAAAGGAAUGUACUAUUCCAUCACAUUCAGUGCUGCAAGAACUUGUGCUCAGGAGGAGCAAUUGAAUGUGUCUGUUGCACCCGAUUUCGGCGUUCUUCCGAUGCAAACGUUGUAUAGCAGUAGCGGAUGGGACUCGUAUGCUUGGGCGUUUCAGGCAAUGUAUACUAUGGUUUAUAUCAUAAUUCAUAACCCAGGAGUUGAAGAAGAUCCAGCUUGCGGACCGCUUAUUGAUUCCAUUGCUAUUCGCACUCUGUACCCCCCUAAAGCAACAAGUGAAAACUUGGUGAAGAAUGGAGAUUUUGAAGAGGGUCCAUACAUAUUUCCCAACACAAGUUGGGGUGUCCUUAUCCCCCCAAAUAUUGAGGAUGAUCACUCUCCUCUACCUGGUUGGAUGAUUGAGUCCCUUAAAGCUGUAAAAUACAUUGAUGCGGCUCAUUUCUCAGUACCUCAUAACAGCAGGGCUGUGGAGCUUGUGGCUGGAAAAGAAAGUGCCAUUGCUCAAGUAGCUAGAACUAUUAUUGGCAAGACCUAUACUCUCACAUUUUUAGUGGGAGAUGCCAGCAACUCCUGUGAAGGAUCUAUGAUUGUUGAGGCAUAUGCUGGAAUUGUAACUGUCAAAAUUCCAUAUACUUCACAGGGAAAAGGUGGUUAUAAGCCUGCAGUGCUUCAUUUUGUGGCAACGACUAACAGAACUCGCAUCAUGUUCUUUAGUACAUACUAUCAUACGAGGAGCGAUGACAACGCCUCUCUGUGUGGUCCUGUUAUUGAUGAUGUGAAGCUCUUAAGUGUUCGUAAUCCACGUAAACUUAUGUAAUGGUGCUCCUGUUGUAGCAAAUGAGUGGCUAAGACGCAGAAGAAAAACUUUGGUAUACUAAGAAUGUUUGUGAGGGAUGCAUUGAGGUUUACUCCCUCAGUUUUACUUGCUAUUUUACCAGCAAUACCUUUAGUACUAGUAGAAGUCAUAUAGCAUAUAUGUAGAAGCGUUAUUCUGGUUGAGUGAUUAUGUACUAUUCUUCAAUAUUGGAGAAAAGUAUUUCCACCAAAGCUCUUUCUCUC